UAUUAUUUUGUUUUUUAUAAUGUGCGAAAAGUUCUGACAAUAUUGUUCAUUUGAGGUUAUCAUUCUAUCUAUCUACAUUUUACAAAAUUUUGAAUUUUGAUUUGUUUUUGCUAAAAUAAUUUCAAAUUCAAAUAUUUCUUAAUUUCUAUUUUAUUUGUCAACUAAGGCUUUAAAAAAAUGGAUAAACCAGUAGUAUUAUCAAGAGUUCUAAAGGUUUUGGGUCGAACAGGAUCGCAAGGUCAGUGUACACAGGUUAAAGUGGAGUUCAUCGGCGAACAAAAUCGUCAAAUCAUCAGAAACGUUAAAGGACCCGUUCGUGAAGGAGAUAUACUUACACUACUCGAAUCCGAAAGAGAAGCAAGAAGACUUCGAUAAUGUUUUUCAAGCAAGUACAAAUACAUUAUCUUGAAUAUGAUUAAAGGAAGAUUAAACCAUGGAAACAACAAAAAUGUAAUUAACUUUACAUUAGUACAAUAAAAUACACAUAUUAAAAA